CGCACUUGACAACUCUUAUCGAGUAGGGUCACACCACCGUGGAAAAAAUAAAUAAACUACAAAUUUCCUUAUUUCCACGCCGAGUUAAGUAAAAUCAAACAAAAUAGUACAAUGCCAAAGUACUAUUGCGACUACUGCGACACCUACUUGACCCACGACUCGCCUUCGGUGCGGAAAACGCACUGCACUGGCCGCAAGCACCGCGACAAUGUGAAGUUCUACUACCAAAAGUGGAUGGAGGAGCAGGCGCAGCAUUUGAUUGACGCCACCACCGCCGCCUUCAAAGCGGGCAAGAUCACGAACAAUCCGUUCGCCGGAGGACCAGGAUCGGCGCCCCCGAAGCCAGCGGGCGUGUCUAUACCGCCCCCGAAUAUGGGUGCUCCUCCUCGUCCGGGAAUGCCAGGAAUGCCCUACAUGCCACCGCUGAUGAAUCCCAUGAUGGGCAUGCGCCCGCCACCGAUCAUGAAUCCCAUGGCCAUGAUGGGACCACCACCUCCGCUGGGCACGAUUUCUGGCGUCCGACCGCCGAUCAUGAACGGACCCAAGUGA